AUGAUUUUACCACCCUUUGUCGAGUUGGUAUACACUUUGGCGGACAUUCAACAGCAAACGACUGCUAGUGUUUUGAUAUUAACCCCUUGCACGACUUGGCUUUCUAUGGUAUGGUAUAAACAUCCAUUAACAGUUAAAGAUUUGUGGGAUUUAAAUGAGGUUGACAAAUGUAGCCCUAUUGGAAAUCGAUUUCUACGGGAAUGGAAAAAAGAAAUAGCCAAAACAAGGUUAGUUAAUCGGAUAUUAACAGUUGGUGAUAUAAAUGGCCGUGCUUUUGGUGGCACGUUCUUUUUCGCUGGUUUCUUGAAAUUUUUGCAGGACUUACUAACUUUUGUUAGUCCACAGAUUUUAAGGGCUUUGAUAGGAUUUACAGCUAACAAAAGCCAACCUUUAUGGAUGGGUCUUUCAUUCGCUUUCAUUAUGUUUGCCGCAGCUUUCAUUCAGUCAUGCAUACUUCACCAGUACUUCCAUCGCUGUUAUGUAACUGGUAUGAGACUAAGAUCUGCAAUAAUUUGGGCAACGUACAGAAAGGCUUUGUCGUUAUCUAAUUCUGCGCGUAAAAAGUCAACCGUUGGAGAGAUUGUCAACUUGAUGUCUGUCGACGCUCAAAGAUUUAUGGAUAUGACAACAUAUCUUCACACGAUAUGGUCUGCACCACUUCAGAUUGCAUUAGCUAUGUACUUCUUAUGGCAAGAACUUGGACCGUCAGUCCUUGCUGGUCUCGGCGUUUUGCUUUUACUUGUACCAUUUAAUGCUUAUAUUUCCAUGAAAGCUAGGAAUUUUCAGGUCAAGCAAAUGAAAUUUAAAGAUUCUAGAAUUAAAAUGAUGAAUGAGAUCCUUAAUGGUGUCAAGGUCUUAAAAUUAUACGCUUGGGAAAAAUCAUUCAUUAAUAAAAUUUUGGGCAUAAGAGAAGAUGAGUUAAAGCAACUGCUCAGGAGUCGCCUUUUGAAUGCUAUAGGUUUUUUUGCUUGGUCCAAUGCUCCAUUUUUAGUUGCCUUGGCCACUUUCGCUACGUAUGUUUUAUCUGGUAAUACCUUAGAUGCAUCGAAAGCUUUUGUAUCUAUUUCAUUAUUUAAUAUCCUUCGAUUUCCUAUCGGAAUGUUACCGGCUGUUAUUUCUAGUAUUAUUCAGGCUAGCGUUUCAUUACAACGUUUAGCAAGUUUCCUUAAAAAUGAGGAAUUGGAUGAAAACAAUGUUGAGCACUCAAUGCCGACAAAGCACGAAAAGCAAUCUGUUGUCAUUGAAAAUGGAACCUUUAAAUGGGGAGUUGAUGAAAAGCAAGCAACAUUGAAAAACAUCAACUUCAAUGUUCCUACUGGUUCUCUUAUUGCUGUAGUUGGUCAUGUCGGUAGUGGUAAAUCUUCCUUAGUGUCAGCAAUUCUAGGUGAAAUGGAUAAAAGUGAAGGAAACGUCUAUGUGAAGGGAUCAGUGGCUUAUGUCCCCCAACAAGCGUGGAUGCAAAAUGCUUCAAUAGAAGAUAAUAUUUUAUUCGGCAAUGAUCGUUUGGUUGGCCGGUAUGAAAGGAGUAUUGAAGUAUGUGCGUUAACGGCUGACUUAGAAAUGUUACCGGGUGGAGAUCAAACAGAAAUUGGAGAAAAGGGCAUCAAUUUAAGUGGUGGACAAAAACAACGUGUGAGUCUAGCUCGUGCUGUGUAUUCAAAUAGUGAUGUUUAUAUCCUCGAUGAUCCAUUAAGUGCUGUCGAUGCUCACGUCGGCAAGCAUAUUUUUGAGCAAGUGAUUGGUCAUCACGGAAUGUUACGACACAAGACGCGAAUAUUCGUUACUCACGGUGUUGGAUUUCUUCCGUAUGUGGACAAAAUUGUUGUAUUGGAAGAUGGCGAUAUAGUCGAAAGUGGUAGUUUCGAUGAAUUGUUAUCGCGCCGUGGUGCUUUUGCUGAUUUCUUAAUUACAUACACAAAUACUGAAAUGAAUAAGCCCGAAGAAGAACGGAUUGCAGAAGAGGAGCUUGUUAAUGACGAGCUAUCGCAAUUACCUGAUGAGAUUCGAGAUCGCUUGAAGUCUAUUUCAUCUCAACAUGGCAGGAGUUCUUCCGCUGGUUCAAGGGAUAGCUAUGAAAGGCAGAGACAGGUAUCAUUUAAAGAUUCACUUGACGUGCGCAGCUUGUCGACUGUUAGUGAACGCCGGAGCCGAGUCAGUACUACUCAGGAAGAUAAAGAUUCAAUAUUAAAGCAGGUCAAGGUGAUCUCUGAAAAGAAAAAACUUAUUGAGGAGGAAAAGGCUGCUGUUGGACAUGUCAAGUUGGGAGUAUUCAUAUAUUACAUGAAAUCGAUGGGAUGGCUAGCUACUAUUCUGAUUCUUAUUUCAAGAGUAGCAAUUGAGGGUUGUUCUGUUGGAAGUAAUGUCUGGCUGGCUGAAUGGAGUGGUAUCGUCAACGCUACUGAUGCAACUCGAGAUCUUUAUCUUGGUGUUUAUGGCGCAAUUGGUGCUAGUAAGGCUGUUGUAACACUGCUCAGCAGCUUAUUAUUAGCAUUUGCUGCUAUGCAUAGUGCUCGCGUACUUCAUUCAUCAAUGUUGUUUAAUGUAUUAAAAUCGCCAAUGUCAUUUUUUGACACUACACCAUUGGGAAGAAUUGUCAAUCGAUUUUCCAAAGAUAUCUAUGUAAUUGAUGAAAUUAUUCCAAUGAUUAUGAACAUGUUUCUUGGUAUGGUUUGCUCGGUAAUCAGCAUUCUCGUUGUCAUCUGUGUUUCCACUCCUUUCUUCUUAAUUGUUAUCGUACCUUUGGCUAUUGUAUAUAUUCUCACGCAGCGAUUUUAUGUGGCGACAUCACGACAGCUAAAACGCUUAGAAUCAAUAAGUCGUUCACCUAUUUAUUCACAUUUUGGUGAAUCAGUUCAAGGAGUAUCGACUAUUCGUGGUUAUAAUGUAAAAGAUCGAUUUUGUUUACUCAACGACAGGAAAGUAGAUGCAAACCAAAUGGCCUACUAUCCUAAUAUAUCAUCUAACAGAUGGUUGGCAAUGAGAUUAGAGUUUACCGGCAAUUGUAUAGUCUUGUUUGCAUCUAUAUUUGCUGUUGUGGGGAGAAAUGCAUUGCCGCCAGGAAUUGUUGGUUUGUCUAUUUCCUAUGCAAUGCAGAUUACUGGAACAUUAAAUUGGAUGGUUCGUAUGUCUAGUGAACUUGAAAGCAAUAUUGUAGCUGUUGAACGUGUUAAAGAAUAUACAGAAAUAGAACAAGAGGCACAGUGGGAAAUAGAAGAAACGAAACCAGAUCCUAAAUGGCCAAUAAAUGGCGAUGUACAGUUUGCAAAUUACCAAACUCGAUAUCGUGCCGGUUUAGAUCUUGUGUUGAAAGGCAUCGAUUGUGACAUUUCUGCUGGCGAAAAGAUCGGAAUUGUAGGUAGAACAGGAGCUGGCAAAUCUUCUCUUACGCUAGCGCUAUUCCGAAUUAUUGAAGCUGCGGAAGGGACUAUUUCUAUUGACAAAACUGACAUCUCUAAACUAGGAGUACACAAUCUUCGUUCUCGUAUUACCAUUAUCCCACAGGAUCCGGUGCUAUUUUCGGGCACUCUAAGGAUGAAUUUGGAUCCAUUCGAAGGUCAUUCUGAUCAAGAUUUAUGGGUGGCCCUUGAAAAUGCUCAUUUAAAAGACUUUGUUCAAUCGCUAGAAAAGGGAUUACUACAUGAGAUUUCUGAAGGCGGUGAAAAUCUUAGUGUUGGUCAACGCCAGCUUGUUUGCUUAGCUCGAGCCUUACUUCGAAAAACCCAAAUUCUGGUAUUAGACGAGGCAACAGCUGCUGUUGAUCUUGAAACUGACGAUUUAAUCCAGGCAACCAUUCGACGUGAAUUUGCUGAUUGUACAAUACUUACAAUUGCUCAUCGUCUUAAUACAAUUAUGGAUAGUACACGGGUUAUGGUAUUGGAUAAAGGUCGUAUUGCCGAGUUUGAUCCUCCACCAGUUCUGUUGUCUAGGAAAGACAGCAUCUUUUACUCUAUGGCUAAAGAUGCAAAACUAGUUCAUGACUAA